UAUCACUUGCGUUUGUUAAACUGAAGUUCAGUUCAGAAGAAAAAAAAUAUCUGCACUAGUAGAAUUCAGACAGGAGAUCGACACUGUCUAUGUCUCUAGGUGCCACCUCAGUGUUGCGGCCUACACCGGUCAGUUGCGUGAUCUAGUAUUAGUGCAUUAAUUUCCUGAAUUUUUAGUGCAUUUGGUUGCUUGUCUCUCCUCUCCUCUCGUCAGUGGAUAGCUAGUGAGAUAGUCCAAGUCUUCCCCUUGGCUGAGCUCCCUUAUCAGGAUCGGAACCAAUCCAUCCAUCCUCCGCUCGUCCCAUCGAGCAUCAACCGAUCGAGAUGGGCGCCGGGUCGUCGGUGGACUUGCCGCAGCUGCUGUGCUGCGCGUGCGUGGAGCAGUCGACGGUGGCCAUGGAGGAGAGGUGCGGGCGCUACGACACGGUGCUGGACCCGGGCUGCCACUUCAUGCCCUGGUGCGCCGGCCGGAGGGUCGCCGGCUACCUCUCCCUCCGCGUGCAGCAGCUCGACGUCCGCUGCGAGACCAAGAGCAAGGACAACGUCUUCGUCACCGUCGUGGCGUCCGUGCAGUACCGCGCCCUGGCGGACCGGGCCUUCGACGCCUUCUACCGCCUCAGCAACGCCCGCGAGCAGAUCCAGUCCUACGUCUUCGACGUGAUCCGGGCGAGCGUGCCGAACAUGAACCUGGACCAGGUGUUCGAGCAGAAGAACGAGGUGGCGCGGGCGGUGGAGGAGGAGCUCGCCAAGGCGAUGGCCAUGUACGGGUACGAGAUCGUGCAGACGCUGAUCGUGGACAUCGAGCCCGACGAGGUGGUGAAGCGCGCCAUGAACGACAUCAACGCGGCGGCGCGGCUGCGCGUGGCGGCGGCGGAGCGCGCCGAGGGGGAGGCCGAGUCCAAGUACCUGGCCGGCGUCGGCGUCGCGCGCCAGCGCCAGGCCAUCGUUGAGGGCCUCCGCCGCUUCGUGCCCGACGACAAGGCCGUCAUGGACAUGGUCCUCGCCACGCAGUACUUCGACACCAUCAGGGACAUCGGCGCCACGUCGCGCGCCGCCACCGUCUUCAUCCCGCACGGCCCCGGCGCCGUGCACGACGUCGCCGCGCAGGUCCGCGACGGCGUGCUCCAGACCGCCGCGCACGCGCCCGCGCCCGCCGCCGGAGCCAGGUGACCGUCCACCCACCGCAGCCCUUGGUUCGUGCACGUACGUACAUCGGUACAUGCCUGUAUUGGAGAUGUGACGACCAUUUGUAUGCUUUCAAUAAGCGUUAAUUUGUUCGUCCUAGCAACCAUUGUGUUGAACUUGAACCUCUACGAGUAAAUUAAAUGUAGUAUACAUAUUUAUUCUU